AUGCGUUCGUUGGCGACUGAAGAUGGCGCCGAGGCCGAGCCGGAGGACCCGCGUGCCGCCGCCAACCGCGAGGAUGACAUAAAUUGGAAAAUGUCAAGCCAGCAACAGGUGACACCGACGACAGCAGCAGCAGCAGCAGGCACCGAAGCGCCGCCGGUGGAUGGGGAGAAUAAUCCAAUUAAAUCGUUGCGACGGCAACAACACUGUGAUAUUACUGUGGACGCCACCGACGCCCCGGACGGCUUGGUGGCCCCGGAAACGGAUCGGCCCCGCGGUGGCUUGCGGCGGAUGCCGGCGAUCGGGUAUGACGAUGACGAUGGCGUCGAGGAUCCCCGGAAUGGCGAGCGGGAAAACGCCAACAAUAACCCGGCGACCCAGGACGAACCGGCCCUGGAACGGAACGAGCACAAAACGAUCAAUGCGCGGCGUCGCUGGAAGUUGUUGGCCAAGGCGCUGCGACACGAUUCCAGCGAGGAAGAUCAGUUUUCCAAGUUCAAUCUGAUCGAAGCGGAUCGCGUCGGGGACGAAAAGUACGAGAACGUGUACGUGUACCGGUUGUACGAUCGGUACCGGGUCAAGAUCCGGCUGAUCGGCCCCGAGCGCCCGUGGACGGCUACGGAGCUGAUUGGGUUCAACAAUACGGGCAACAUCUGCGUGUGGCCCUCGGAGGAAGCGCUCGCCUACUACGUCCUGGCGCGGCUGGCUCAAUUCGACGGCACCAGGGUGCUGGAGCUGGGCGGGGGAAUGACGUGCCUGGCCGGGCUGGUACUGGCCAAGUACGGCCAACCGGCGUUCGUGCACGUGUCCGACGGAAACGAGCUGUCGGUGGAGAACGUGCGCAAGUCGUUGGUGUUGAAUAAGUUCAACUGUACGAUCAAGUCGUCCGUUUUGAAGUGGGACCGGUCGGCGGUUGGUUCCGUCGAGCCGAAGUACCAGUUUAUCCUGUCGGCCGACUGUCUGUUCUUCGACGAGUCACGAUCGCAGCUGAUCGACACGGUCUGGCUGCUGCUGGCGGAGGAGGGAGUGGCCAUUGUAACGGCCCCGAGACGCGGCAACACCUUGGGGCUGUUUUUGAACGAGUGCGUCGCCCGGGGGUUCCACUAUGAGCUGCUCCAGUGCUACAACGAGGCCAUCUGGGCGCGCCAUCUUGAGCUGAAGCUGAUGGAGGGCUACGAUGAAAACAUUCACUACCCGCUGCUGGUGAAACUGUACAAAUACGCUCACGGAUCGGUGCUGCAUCGGUUGUUGUGACCCGCCACGCCAUUGCGUGACCACAUUUGCGUUUCGGCCGCCGAAGAGUGGAGCGAAGUAGUAACUGUAGGUUAGGUUAGUACCAAACAUUUCCAGAACUUGAAAAAGCAACAAAACACAUCCAAACAAACCCCCACAUGCCGCCAGCUUGGUCCCAGGUCUGUGGGUGUGUCGAGAGUGGCCGUUCCGGUACCGGCUUCUGUGACGGCGUGGCCUUUGCCGGGGCCGGAUUCAGCAGCAUCGCGUGUUUGAUUGAUACAUUCACUUAAUUAGUGCUCGUCGUAAUUUCAUUUAAAGUCCAUCCUGUUGCA